UUACAUUUUAAAAGAUGAUAACAAAGCCAUCAUCACCACCAAUAUUCACCACCAUCCACAUUUUUCUCUUUCCUUCUCCGACCGAAUUGAAACCCUAGAACUUUCCUCCUUCAGAAUCUCAUAAAUUUCCCUUCUUUGGAACCCCUAUAUUUCCUCACCAAACUCUCACUUUCCGAUUUCGUAACCCCACCAACUCCCCCCAAUUCCAACACAUUGCUCCUGAGCUGAUUCAGCUCGCUCUCGUGGCUCCGCAUGGGUAGAGUCCUGCUGGAAACCUCGAGCCCGUUCUCGACUUCCUCAUCACCGUCACCUCCGCCGGCGACCACCUCGUCGACGUCGAUCACCGACACCGUGAAGGGCUCGCACCGUUUCAAGAUCACUGGGUACUCUCUGUCCAAAGGAAUUGGGAUUGGGAAGUACAUAGCUUCCGACAUUUUCUCUGUUGGUGGGUACGAUUGGGCGAUCUACUUCUACCCUGAUGGCAAGAGCGCCGAGGACAAUGGCUCCUAUGUGUCUCUCUUCAUCGCGCUUGCGAGUGAAGGUACCGAUGUUCGGGCGCUUUUCGAGUUGACCCUGCUGGAUCAGAGUGGCAAGGAGAGGCACAAGGUCCAUAGCCAUUUUGAGAGGACUCUGGAGAGUGGGCCUUACACUCUGAAAUACCGUGGGAGCAUGUGGGGUUACAAGCGGUUUUUUAAGAGAACAGCACUAGAAGCAUCAGACUAUCUCAAAGACGAUUGUCUUAGUGUUACUUGUAGUGUUGGUGUUGUGAAGUCGCACACUGAGGGCCCUCACUUGUUUUCAAUCUCAGUACCACCUUCUGACAUUAAUCGGCAAUUUGGGAACCUACUUGAAAGUGGCAAGGGCUCUGAUGUGAGUUUUGAAGUGAAUGGAGAAGCUUUUGCUGCUCAUAAGUUGGUACUAGCAGCCCGCUCACCUGUUUUUAAAGCCCAACUUUUUGGUCCUAUGAGAGAUCAGACCCAGUGUAUAAAAGUUGAAGACAUGGAAGCUCCAGUUUUCAAGGCAUUGCUGCAUUAUAUAUAUUGGGACUCACUACCUGACUUGCAAGAGCUUACUGGGUUGAACUCAAAAUGGGCAACUGCCUUAAUGGCUCAGCAUCUGCUAGCAGCAGCUGACCGGUACGGCUUAGAGAGGCUUAAGCUCAUGUGCGAAGCGUGUCUCAUUGAAGAUGUUGCAAUAAACACUGUGGCUACAACUUUAGCAUUGGCAGAGCAGCACCACUGUUUCCCGCUUAAAUCAGUUUGCCUGAAAUUCAUUGCAAAGCCUGAAAAUCUCAGAGCUGUGAUGCAAACUGAUGGUUUUGAGCACUUGAAGGAAAGCUGUCCAUCUGUUUUGUCUGAGCUAUUGCAGUACGUGGCUAGUUAUACCGAGCAUUCAGACUUCAUGAGCAAGCAUGGCAAUGAAGCAGUACUUGAUGGCGGUGACAUGAAUGGAAGGCGCGUGAAGCAAAGGCUGCAAGUGUGAAAGUGACUCUGUUUUGUGUACAACCACCCUCUUCCAUUCACAUUUAAUAAUUACAGUAAGAACCAUGGAUAGUGCCUUUAAUAAUAUUUAUUAUAGUGAGAACUAUGGAUAGGGGGUAAAACAAGCAUUUAUAGACUUAGAGGCUAAUUUAUGUUUCAUAGCAUGCAUACAUUUAUUUGCAGAUGUAAAUGUAGUUUAUGUUGCAGGUCUGUCUCUGAUAGCUUUCUUUAAUAUCAAAACUUGUCCUCUCUGCUUAAAACGUGGCAGAAAUGAAAAUAUUGGUUACCUCC